AUGGCAGUCGUGACUUUUCAGAACGAGUUAAGUAGAGAUGGCUCAAGAGUGACUAGAAAACUAUUGAGCCGGUUGAUGAAAUAUCCUCCAACCACUUGGGAUGAAAUCCACAAUGCUUACUAUGCCAAAGUCCGAGCAGACGAUGAUGACCUCAACAGACCAACUCGAUGGCUCGUCUCGGUAUGGCCCCUAUUAUCUGCUCACAAUUUUUGUUUGUCACCUACAAAAAUAGUCUAUGACCUGGAGAAACUCAGAACGGAGGUGAAGUGGCCGUCAAAGAUGAGAUCUGUUCCGAGCACCAGAAAAUCCGACGCCCUCUGCGAGUUUCACCAGGAGCGCGGGCACAAGACAAAAGACUACAUCGCCCUCAAGCAAGAGGUUGUGAACAUAUUGCAGCAGGGACACCUCAAAGUGCUGCUGAGUGACAAGGGGAGAAACAACUUCGCCAGAGGACAUGAACGCCAAGGCCUGUCGAAGCCACCGUCACCAACUCGCACUACCAACAUGAUUAUCGGCGGCAACGAUGACGUCUCCAUCAACGGUGUCAAAUUCACUAUCACUCACAAGCUGAAAAAAUCUAUCACCCAUGAACGGUAUGACAGACUGGAAGAAAGUAUCAUCUUCGACAAGUCUGAUGCCGGCAGUUUGACUUUCCAUCACAAUGACGCUCUCGUCAUUACUUUGUGCACUCUAGAUACCGAUGUCAAAAGUAUCUUGGUGGACGAUGGGAGUGUGGCGUGCAUUAUCCAUCCCUGA